AUGUUCGAGCGGUCUUGUAGUGGUAUAUGUCAACCGGGAUGUGUUGAAAUAAGUGAUAUGGGUCAUCGGUUUACAAGUUGCUCAACGUGUUGCUCAUCCAAUUUCUGCAAUAUUGGAUCCCCGUCAGCACCCAUCUUUCUUUCAUUUUCUCUUUUUUCGUCUGCAAUUGUUGCACUUUUAUUUUGA